CACUGUCGUGCCUAUUCUUCAAACAGCGAAUCCAACGGGUACAAGUAGGCUGAAGAGUAGUUCUUGUUGUUUUCCGGUACAUCACUACAACAUAGCGGCGCAAGUACGUUUGUAGAGGCGUUAAUCUUCUUCUUCUACAGUAGAGUUUGUCGUCGUACAAAUACCAUAUUUAAAUUUUUUAGAAGCUUCUCUCAGGCCGACCUUCUUCUCGUUUCGCUUUCGAAAAAAUGGUAAAAAAGAGCAUGAAACGAAAGCAGGCCUCUUCUGCAGGAGACCACAGCGCGGGUGGCAACAAAAAUGCGAAAGCAUCAUCAUCCUCCGCCGCCAGCACUGCCGCGGAACCAGCACAGCAAAUGGAGCAUCUUUUGUCCGGUCCGGCGCUGAAACAGGCCAAGAAAAUUUCCAUCGCUAAAAUUAACGGUCCGGACGAGGGAAAGUUGCUCCUCCCGCGAAACGCGGAGGAUAAGAAGCAGGGCGAGCGGGUGGUGGUCGUGCUGGAAAAGUGUUUUUUGGAGCUAGUGCAGAUCCGGAAGGGGACGUACGAAUUGCUCAAUUCCGACGACCACAAGACCUUACUGAUGAAAAACGAAAAGCGCAGGAACGACCUGGCGGAAGCACGCCCGGACAUUACGCACCAGUGUUUGAUGACGCUUCUGGAUUCGCCGCUGAAUAAAAAAGGUAGACGUUAUUUUGUCCGUGCAAGACAGAUUUACGUUUGCCACCUGAGCCAGCAUGUUGACAACAUACUCCAUUUUUUAUAUUUUUUCUUGCAAAAUAGAACAACUUGAUGUAAUGCUGCUCGCAUUGGUGCGAUAUAUAGCAUUAGCAUUGCACCAACCACCAUGAAAACCUUAACAGGCAAGCUGCUGAUCUACCUGCACACAGCGCAGAAUGUGUUGAUUGAAGUGCACCCGAGCCUGCGUGUCCCCCGAACGUUCAAGCGAUUUUGCGGGCUCAUGGUGGAGCUGUUGCAGAAAAACAAAAUCAGAGCCGCGCAAACAAACGAGAUCCUGAUGAAGGUGCGAUGAGUCCUUAUUUUUUUUUUCGCAACUUCCUGAUGGAUCGUCCUGUUUGAAGAUGCAGACGAAAGAUUUGUUGAUAGGGCAUACACUAGUUUCUGAUUGUGUUUUGCAUUAUUGUUGGCAAUGGGAGACUUCGACAGCCAUAUAGAUUCGGAAUAGAUUCCAAAUAGAUUUGAGAUAGAUGGUUUCUGUUUUCCGAAAAAGCGUCUGCAGUUCUGCAGCACGCGAUCGAAUGGAGAAUAAAAACAGUCACCGAAGUCGCGAGCUGGGCGAAAAAUGAGAACAAUUCUGACCAAAAUUUCCCGGGCCGAUGAGAAGUGGCCACAAGGUGCCUGCCCUAGCCCGAGAAAGUGGCCAGGUGAAGGGGGUAAUCUUGCAGCGCAAGCGCCGCGCUAUGCUUUUAGUUGGGCCUAGACUCUCGGACCAAGUAAGAGCAUACCCUGGCGCCUGGGAAAAAGAUUGCUCUGGCCCGCAAAAGUUGGCACAGGCGCCACGGCAUUCUUUUGCCGGGGCUGCCAGGUUUUAAGGCCAGGCACUGUCACAGAGGUGCGCAUGUGAUGCGAAAUUCUCCUGGCCCGAGAAAGUGGCCAGAUCGAUGAUGGAGGAGCGUGGUGUUUCUGAUGCGAAAAUGUUCUGGCCCGAGAAAGUGGCCAGAUAAGGGGGGGGUGAUCUUGAAGUACAAGCAGCACGCUGUGCUCUUACCUGGGCCUCUCGACUUUGAGGCCAGGUAAGAGCAUAGCAUGGCGCUUGGAAGGAAAAAAGGCCCCGUCGGCCCAAACAAAGUUGGCCCAAACACCACGGCACUCUGUUCCCUGGCCUUCCAAGUUUUGGGGCCUUCCAAGUUUUGGGGCCUAUGCAGACGAAAGAUUUGUUGAUAGGGCAUACACUAUUUAUUGUGUUUUGCAUAUUGCAUUGUUGUGGUCAACUCGUUUAUUAUUUCCAAAAACCCCAUCACAGGUUAUCUCCAACCCGAUUGACAAGUACCUUCCACCGGGCGGGCGCAAAGUCGGUCUUUCUGUGACGGGCAAGUCCGUGAACGUUCGCGACUACUGUAAAAUGCUGGUGGACGAGCAGAGACCAAAUAAACCACUAGGAGGAGCUUCUGAUGCAGGAGCACGAGAAGCUGCAGCAGGAAGUAGUGCUAAAGGCUCAUCACCGUCCACCUCUAGCAGCAGUUCAACAGCGCCAUAUGCAGGUGCGCAACAGGUAGUUGCAGCUACGACAGCACAUCAGCAGCAACCAGGUCAUCUACCUUGUGCUGAGGAAGAGGAGCAGCCAACCCUGGAUGUGAAACAAACCGCGUUUCUGCCGAUCACGUUCGUGAUUGGGGCGGUGGCCCACUGUGACCCGGCGAGCGAAAGCAAUUUCGGCCUGGAUUACACGACGGAAAAGAUAAGUAUUUCCCCGUUUGGGCUCAGUGCGAGUUGUGUAUGCAGCAAGCUUUGCCACGAGUUUGAACACUUGUGGAAUGUUUGAUAGUACAGAUGAGCCUCGAUGGCGGAUACGAGUUGUAGUAAACGACAAUGCUUAUGAUUGCAGUGCGGUAUGUGCCUUGGUACAAUUACAAUGACCGAGGAUGGAAGAAUAAAAAUCUAUCGAGGUGAAAAUUCUUAUUCUGAUGCAGUAAUGCUGGG